UAAUAAUUUUUAUUAUAAAUAAUUUGUAUAAUUUAUAAAAUUUUAUUAAUUGCAGAAAAUGAGCACAACUAAUUCUAAUAAUAGAAAAAGUGUAUUGUUUGUGCAUCAUUAUGGGAGCAAACCUUUUUCACAAGUACAACGUGAAAUGGAAUUAAGGUACAUAUAUCCUCCAACUUUUGAAGACGUCUUUCUUGAUACUAGAAAACAGAAGGGCAAAACCGUUGAUCCUACUGUACAACUCAAAGUUGAUGAAAUGCGUGCGGUGAGAAUAGAACAUCCGUCAAUUUCAAAUAUUAAUUUAGCUGACAUGGUAUUUGGGCAUCAAAAGUAUGGAUCUGUGAUUAGAAUGGGAGGAGGAGUCCUUCCUUCACAAUUGAGAAAUAAAGAAUCACAACAAAGCUUCGACCAAUAAAAUAUUUCCCUUAAGAAUUAAUUACAAAAGUUAUCCGAUCAUCAAAAGGCAUAUGAAGCUAGAACUGAAGCCAAACUAAAAGCAGUUCACGAUGAAAGAUUGGCUGAUAAAACUGAAUUUGAGAAAAAGUUGCCAAUUAUAAUGUCAUUUAUGUCACUCAAUGCAUCAAUGCCUCCCACUUCAUCAAUGCCACCAAGUGUAUCACUUCAUGAUAUAGGUCAGACUAUUAUGUCAUUACAUAUUUUAUUGUUUAUAUUACUAUGAAAUAUUAUUUUGGUUAUUUUAAGUUGUUAACUAUUUCAUAGAUGGUUCAUUUUGGAUGAUAUUCAAGA